AUGUCUACUUCAGUCCCCGCUCAUGUAUUCAACGCGCUGAAGCGCUUCACCUCCUGUGAUGUCGGCGAUGCUCUGGUCAAGCUGAAUGUCAAAUACGGCGGCUACCUACACGGUAUCAAGAUGUUUUCGCCCCUGCAGCAAGCCGGAGACAAGAAAAUCUUUGGUCCUGCCUAUACUGUCCAGAUGGUAGAUGCAAAUGACACAACCUCUCCCAAGCCAUCGCAACACUUCGUCGAUGGCGUAACAAAAGAUUCGGUCGUCUUCAUCUCACAGCCGAGAAACCUGUACUCGGCAUGCUGGGGUGGCUUGAUGUCUACUAGAGCUAAACAUCUGGGCGCGCAGGGUGUGGUGAUCGAUGGAAAUUUCAGAGAUCUGAAUGAGCACAGAGAGAUGGACUUCCCAGUGUUUGCUCAAGGAACCUCCGCGCUUGGUUCCAAUACUUUCACCAGAGCUUCCGCUCUCAAUGUCCCCGUUCAAUUCACGUCUCCUACCCAGCAUCGGCCACUAACCAUCAAUCCUGGUGAUUUGAUUCUCGCCGACUUGGACGGAGUGGUAGUCCUGCCUAUUGAGCAUGCCGAGAAGUGCUUGAAGAUCUGUGAGGAACGAUUUGAGAUUGAUGAGAAGACCAUGGCUGCGUUGAGAGCUGGAGAACCCAUGGGACCAACUCUUGCUCGUUUGAGAAAGUAA